UGAUUCAGAUUAAAAAUCUUUUUCUUCGCAAUAAAGGAAAACCACGAUUAAAAAUAAGAAUGUAGCGCAAUAAAACAACAAAAACUUGAAGAAUUACCAUAAUAUCCCAGCAAGAAAUUAAUCCAUGAUCCGGUACAACUCAAUAAUUAUGACCCUGAUUACUGAUAUCUUUUAACAAAGUAACACAAACGUAAUACCUGGUGACCUUUCUGAGACGUGGGAUUACGGUACAUGAAUAAUGUCGACAGUGUAAACGCAAGCAGCGCAGUGGGAGGAGAUAUUUUGAACUGGGGCUCGUUCUCAAACGCACUGGUGAAAAAUCCGGAUGAAAGCGAGAGAGGUUUUGGCUUCCUGUCUGAAAACCGAUAAACUGCCACACUAAAGCAGCAGGUGUCUGUGCAAAGAAGGGCAACAGAAAGAAGGGAACGUUCUAUUAAAGAUCGCAUUUAAAAAAAAAAACCCAGACAACAGACUCAUUAUAUCACACUAUUCUCUCUAUUUCUCUGAAGGAUUCGAUUGAAUUGAAACCAGACAUGGCUGCUGCAACCAACAACGAGUUUAAACUCCUUUCCCACCAAGACAAACAGGCUCAACUUGGCUCUCCUGUCAUGUUCUCGUGUCAUCUGUCUCCUGAAAUCAGUGCUGUUGACAUGGAGAUCCGAUGGUUUAAAGGGACAGACUGUGUUUGUCUCUACAAGAACAGACAGAUGACAGAGGGGAGAGGUUACAAGGGCAGAGUGCAUUUAUUCACUCAGGAGCUGGACAAAGGAAACGUCUCGUUACAGCUGAGAGAGAGCCGUGAAUCAGAUAUAGGACAUUACCUGUGUCAGGUGACCGAUGGAGAAAGGACAGGGAAGCUUACGGUACGACUGUGGUGGGAUCCUCUUCGAAGGUUAAGCAGACUCUUUCAGUGUGGUGUCAUUCCAUAUGUUAAUAUCCAGCAGUGGGGAAGAAAAUGGACAGAAGAGGAGAAAAUAAAAAUGGAAGAGUCUUCUCUGCUGACUGAAUAUAAUACAGAUGUUAAAAGCAUCAUGAAGGAACUUCUCAAGAAGCACAGCGCACUAGAGAAAACUGAGCAAGAAUUAAAAAACACCAAGCUGGACCUAAAAAGAGCAACAGGAGAACUGGAAGAUGGUACAGACCCAGACUCGUCAAAAUUGGCGCCUCCAGUCACAUCAUCAAGUUCAGAUUCUUCACGAUUGAGGCUGGUGCUGUUGGGGAGGACGAGGUCUGGAAAGAGUGCAGCAGGAAACACCAUCCUGGGCAGAGAGGAGAGGAACCAGGCUACUACAUCUACAGAUACAUCUACAUCCACCCAGCAGAGUGAGAGCACACAGGGGGAGGUGGCUGGGAGGAAGGUGACUGUGGUGGACACUCCUGACUGGUUCUCUCCCGGACUCUCUGUGGAGAAGCUGAGACAGGACGUGGGACACUGUGUCUGUCUGUCUGCUCCAGGACCCCACGCCUUCCUCCUGGUCAUACCCAUACCUGUAAAGCAGCCUACAGGAGAGGAGCGAGGGAUGCUGGAGACAAUGGAGGAGAUUUUUGGAGAGGGAUGUUGGGAGACUGUCCUCCUUCUUUUCACUGUUUCUGAUGAAAUUCAGAAGAAGAACAUUGAGGAUUUUAUCCAAUCAGGAGACCAGGAAAUCCAGAGGCUUGUAGAGAAAUGUGGGAACAGGUUUCAUUGUCUCAACAUUAAGGAGAGUGGAGAUGGUUCUCAGGUCUCAGAGCUGCUGGAGAAGAUCGAGAAGAUGGUGGUGCAAAAUGAAGGGAGAUUCCACAGCAGUGAGGUCUACCUGGAUAUGGAAUCUGAGAUUGUUAAAAUGAUCAUGUAUGCUAAAGAAAAGAAGAUCGCAAAAGAAGAAAGAGAGCUCAGAGUCAAACUAGAACAGCAGCUCCAGAAUUCUCUGAAAAAGAUAGAAGGAAUGAUCCAGGAGCAUGAAAAAGAUAUCACACAGCUGGACAGUCAAAUAGCUGAUCUGGAAGGAAAAAUUCAUGAAGAAAUGGAUGACGUGAAAAAAGAGAAACUGGAAGGAGAACUGGAAGGAGAAAGGCAUAAGAGGACAAAGAUCGAGAAUGUGAUUAUGAUACUGAAUGAAAAGAUAGAGUGGGAGAGGAGAGAGAUGGACGAGAGACUCAGACAAAAGGUGGAGGAGAUCAGGAAGGCCUAUGAAGGAGAGGCUGGAAUGGAGGCAGAGAGAAACCUAAUGAAGAUCAUGCUUCCUGAAAUCCAGAGAAAUCUUUUGACCUCUAAAUCACAGAUGGAGGAAGAUUUCAGAGGACUGAUCGAAGAGAAGGAUCGAGAGCUGGAGUUCCUGAAACAGACCCUGGCACAGCUUAGAGACGCGACAAAAGAAUCCAUAUCGGGAAGAGAGGUUCAAGAAGAGUCUGGAGAAAUGGUCUCCUUAAACAAGUGUAGGAAACGUGGUGGGAGUAUAUGAUUAUUGAGACUCUCACUUUGCUUUCACACACAGUGAUGAGUUUUAUGAUGCAAAUCUAUGAUUAAAUCUGACAUAUUUACUGGAGAGAAGAAAUGUCCUGGCAACCAGCCUCAUAUAAAACUGGUGGAAAGGAUUUAGUUGUUGUUACAGCAUGCUUGUCUGUAACGCUUCAUGACAGUAUAUCAGUGAGAGUCUAAUAAAUGUUUAGAAAAGUGAUGAGGCCAUUUUGUGAUGGUGGAAUUGUACCCUAAACUUUGCAUGAGUUAUCAACCUAGGACGUAAAUAAUUAUUAUGUUUAGUAAUGUCAUUUUGUACCGUACACAUUAUGCACCAAACAAUGGAACACACAUAUCAAUAAACAAUCAUCAGGCUCCACUGAAGAAAAAAAAAAAAAGAAAAAAGAAUUGCUAAAAACGACCCCAUUUUAAUAUUUAAUUACAUUUUAUUAUUUGCCUUAAUUUUACCGGCACAUUACCUUUACAUUACUGUUAUAGUGUUCUUUUAUGCUGUUUUCAUUAUUAUAUUUUAUGUUUUAUGUUGUUAUUUCCUUCUUUCUCACUCACUCACUCACUCACUCACUCACUCACUUACUUAACCACUUUAUCCCAGGGUCCAUCACAGUUUUCUUUUUUCUCUCAUUGAUAAUAUUUAUUGCACUAUUAUAAUUUACUUAAUAAAAUAAUAGUAAUUUUUGGGUUGCCAUUUUUCUUUGUUUCUCCAUUUU